AACAAAAUGGACCAACAACAAGCGGCUAAUGCCGGUAUACUCCCGGCGGCACCCGGGCCCCAGGAAGGUGGUGCACUAGUACCUCCAGCGGCUGCAGGUGUAAUGGGGCAUGGCCCAGGAGCUGCCGAAGCACCAGGAGUUCCUCCGUUGGGAGGUGACUUGGGUGCCUUCCCGCAAGAUGCAGGUCAGCCGCAACCGAUAGCUGCGAUGGCAUUUCCACCAGCAGCUCCUGCUGUAGUAAUGCAGCAGAUGAAUGAUAAUAUUUUACGACAGCAGGCCGUUCAAGAAAACGAAGGUCUGGGCGUCCCGACUGACGCACAAGUCAUGCUGGUCGUAGAGCGGUGUACCCAUCUUCGCCAUAAAUGCACACCGGCACAGUAUCUGUUCGUGCUCAGGCAGCUUCAAGCACGAAACUACGACCGAUUGAUUAAGCCCCCCGCAAAUCUGAACCUUUUCCCCCUGGCGCUAUUGGCUACCUUUCGGUGUACCCAGAUUAUCAACGACGCUGAUGCCAAUGCACUACAAGAAACGAUGAUGAAAGCCGUGGCUGGAUCUUUCGACCCAAAAUCCGACGAGCAAAAAUUGUCUUUGGAAGCGGUGUACGACCUGUUUUACUCGAUACUUAAGGUGAACCUCGCUCAUCCCACACCUGUUGCCGAAGGGCCGAAUUUCCAGCAGCGCCAACUGCAGGCCACCUUAGUAGGAAACGUUUUUCCGGACCUGGUUUCUCAGAUUGCAGUUGAGAAACGACGCGAAAGCGUCGAAGCUGAAGCCUUGAAGAAAAUGAGAACUGAAAUAGACAAACUAGUGCGUGAACAGGUGAACCAGCGAACAAGGGCAUUAGAAGCCGAGAUCAGAUCCUUGAAGUCGAGGAAGCCUUCCCCAUCUCACAAGGAUGACAGACCGGUGAAAAAGAAGAAAAGCGACGAUGAAAAAACUUGUUUGUUGUGGAUGGAAGGAAAGUGCCAAGGCAAGUACUGCCCAAAUAAAAACAAACAUGGAGGAGAUCUUAAAUUGCUGGAAUAUCUCAAUAAAGCAUUCCUGCAAGGAAGGCUAAACUCGGAUCAGCUGAAGAAAUUAGCUUCAAGCUGACAGCCAACAUUCCAAAAAGAUCAGAUACAGAAAGUCUCUUCCUUCAUCCCCCCCCCCCAUGAAAAACCAAGCAUGAAAAAUCUCUAUAGUUACUAAAAGCUAUUCUCUAGUGUGGUCAAGCGAACGUUCAUGCAUGUCAUAUUACACAUCCCCCCGCUCGUUUACUUUGCCUUCCCUUGAAGUAGGAGCGAUACUACCCUUGGAUUGAUACACAAUGCAAUUUUUGCCCAGUUUUUGUGAAA